CCGAAAAACUAGCUCCAGGCUUAUCGAAUGUCCCUUUGCUCUUCGUGAUCAAAAGAAGUCUAACUUGUGGGUUCUGUCUAUUAGUAACUCAAAUCAUGAAUAUGAUCCAUCUGAAGAUCCUUCAGCACAUCUAUCUCUUCGAAGGUUAAAUCAACAGUCAUUAGAGCAACUUCGUAAUGAUUACCUCAAAGGGAAAACGCCUAUUCAGGCAAUUUUAGAUGAUCUCAAAGAAGGAAUAGUGAAUUCAAACACAGAGGAAGAUUUUGCAACUAGAUGGCAAGAAUUGAAUAUUACUUAUAGCAGAAAUUUACCAACUAUUAAUUAUCUUCAAAAUAUAUGGCUACUAUUUAAAGAUCGAUUUGUACAUGCGUGGACUGAUAGGUACCUUCAUUUAGGAAAUACGGUAACUUCGAGAAAUCAAUACAAUAAGAUUAAGACGAUGGUUGCUAAAGAAAAAACCCAGAUUCCGCACGAACUAAAUAUUCCAUUUUAUCGUGAAUUGAUCAAUAAGGUCUCCUCAUUUGCACUAAGAAAAGUGUAUGAACAAUUUACAAAAGUAUUAUCCGCAACUCCUGCUAACUCUCUGCCGCCUUGUACUGGACAGCCUACUGGAUCGCAAAAAGAUAUUCAAUCUUCUACUCGAAGAAAUUCUUCGGCCUUUGAACUAAAAAACUUAAAAAUGACAGGUAGAAAGUGCAGCAUAUAUUAUAAUGUAGGACAUAAUAGUAGAACCUGUCCUGAUCGUAAUUAA